CUCUGAGGCAUCUACUGUGACUGACUGUCAAGAUAAUGAUGUUAGAAUGAUGAAAGACACUCUAAACUCAAUCGUAAAGGAGGAAAAUAUGAAAAUGUCAAAAAUGAUGAAAAAAGUAAAAAGCAGAGUGAAAUUGCUAUCUGAUGAAGUACUGGGAUUGACAAAAGAAGUAGAAAAUUUAAUGGAGGUUUCAACAACAAAGCAAAAAUCCGAUAAAAUUACAUUGAACUAUGAUAUGCCUGGCCGUAAGACAUGGUGGGCCCGAAAAGUAACAAACAACUUUUACAUAGCAGGCAGGUUGUCUGAGCGAAUGGUUAAAUAUGCUUCUGAAGUUGGGUUCAAAUCAAUUAUAAGUGUAUUCAACUUUACGAAUGAAUACCACCAUGGUGAUGAAUUCUUCCCAACUACAGAAGAUACAAAAAUUGUAGCUGAAAGUUUAGCUGGUAUAAAAUUUGGAAUUGCACAUCGAAGUGCCAAUCUUGAAACAAAUGACUGGAGAAACAUUCGAAUUGUUCAUGCCUUCACUGAACUGGUUAAUGUGCAACAGUUUCCAAAACCAAUACUUGUCCAUAGCGGUGUAGGAUACAGCGCAAGCUUUUAUCUUUUGAACUAUUUCGCCAAUGAGACAAGACAUAACCCUUCAUUUGAACCGAAAAUUACGGCAAGAAAACUUAUCAAAAUUGGAGCAAAUUUUGGAUUUGAUUUUACAAAUGAUGAGAAAUUGAUGGAAAUUGUGUCAGAGACCACAGGAGAAAAGACUUCUGCGAUUACUAUUAACAGCCAGGAUAUGCCAAUUGGACAUGAUUGGUACAAUUACUGGGAGGCGAUGCAUGUUUAUAAGAACAUAUUCAUAGCUGGACAAAUAUGGUCGUCACAUCUCCAACGAAUAAAAGAAGCAGGAUUUUCAACCAUAUUUAACUUGAGAAAUGGUCCAGCAGAGAAUUCAAUCCCAUCUCAAGAAGAAGUAACACUACUGAACAUACGAGAUGGGACAGGUACCUAUGAGAUGGGUGGCAGACAAAGCAAGAAGCGACUUGAAGAGACCAGAAUAGAUGCAAGCAAACCAAAUGAGUACAUCUCUAAUACAUCAAUGGUAAACUAUGAAUCCAUGAAUUCUUUAGAGUUUGGUGAUUCAAUAGGCUACAAUGAGAUGAAAGAAAGAAUGGCAAUCGAGGCACUUGGAAUUAAAUACAUCCAUCAACCUACAGUAAAUGAUAUCAAACAAGCCAUAUUAAUGAACAGUACCCAACCAGUUUUGAUCCAUAGCAGGACAGGACAUACUGCAAAGCUAUGGGCACUUGUGACAGCUACUAACAUAUGGAACCUCCCUGAAAGUUGGGCAGCUGUACGGCUGAGGAAAUAGGAUAUUCCAUAAAGAAAGGGAAUGAGGACCCAGUGUUUUAAAUCAUGUACAUGUAGCUUGAGGCAAGGGGGGUUGGGCCCUAUCAGAGAACUUUUCAGUAAGGGAUCUAUAGUGAUACCUCACUAUGUAAUAUGAUACAAAUGCAUUAUCUAAUAUAAAAAAUGAAUCAAUAAA